AUGGAAGACGGAUUAGUAAAACCAGAAAUUAUUAAUCCAGAUUUUUGUUCUGCCGAGUUAAGAAAUGUUAAAACAUCAAUGUCCGGAAGGGAAUCUUACGGGGAUGAUGCAAUAGGCUAUGUGCAGCUCAAAAGGGUGAAAAAUAUAUGCAUAGUUAAGGGUUCAAUAUGCCCAGAACACAAAGUGCGUUCUAAGCCAUAUGCAGUUACAAUUAUUGUGAAUGAACAGGAAGAGAUUGUGAUUAGUGUCCAGUGCCACGGUUGCCCCGCGUCAGAAGGUGGCUACAAGCACGGUGUUGCAUUUUUAAUGUGGUUGCACCGCCGAACCGAAGAACCAUUCUGCACUUCGGUCGAAUGCUACUGGAGAAAAUCCAAUCUGGCAAAGGUUGGGUCAUCAAUAAAAAUUUUAAUGGCCAAAGAAAUAUCCAAAAAAAAACCUCAAAUUAUAAUUCUAGAGAACAAUGUAAUGAAUGAGUUUGUUUUACAAUGCAAAAAUUUUGAUACAGAGUUAACUUUAUCAUUACAUCGCUUAAUGAUUAAAUAUAAUGAUGAAAACUGUGAAACUUUUUUCACAAAGAUCUCUCAUGUUUUAAAAUCAAAACAACUUAUCACUGAUGUAAAAAAAAAACUAGAAACCAGCAUAAAAGUAGCCUAUGGUAUGAACUGA